AUGGAUCCGCAGAGCGUGGCCUUUGUUCCGCACAGCGAUUCCUGGCGCCUGUGCAACGACUUGCUGCGCCUGCAGCAGGUCCAGGCCGACCACACCGAUCGCCUUCUACGUCUCGAACGCCGCCAGGACGACGACGCCAGAAUGAAGUCGGUUUGGGGCGCCACCUCUCCCUUCCCCAGCGUCUUGAGUGGCACCCCUCAACAACCUCCCAUCCACCAUCUCAAGGACUUUGACGAUGAACCCGCCAAUCUGAUCGGUAGCCUACAUCUUGACCCGGACGAAGAGCCCCGUCGUAUGGGUGCAACUUCACGUGCCAAUAGCGUCCGCUUCGACGAGUCUGCUAACCAGGGCCACUGGGCUCACGCUUCGCGCUCAUCUAUCGACUUUCUUCCUCGCAGCACAAGCAGCUUGGCUGGACUAGGCAUGACUGAGCGUACUUCGUCCCACAAAUCUGACGGCCGUGCUAGCUCUGUACAUUCUGUCAGGUCUGCUGCUUCAGGUCGUGCCAGCAGCAUCAAUCUAGACACCGGCUAUGCUUCUCCGGUUGACACCCCGGUCAUCGCUCCUGGUCUACUGAUACUUGGCCCCGUUCCGGCAAUCGUUCGCUGUUGGUUAAACACAAACUUCAAGCACGACGCUCUUCUCUACGCUGCCGUAUCUAGCGCCUCUUACAAGUCCCAGAUAGACGAACGCCUUGUUCAAUAUCUUGACCUUGAGGAUUGCGUUGUGGAGAGCGCGUCCGGUAGCCGCUUACUUGCUCUACCUGUCUACUUUGCCGAGGCAGUCCCUCUUCCUACUUCGGCGAGGCCAAGUAGCCCGGCGCCGCAGGUUCCGUCGGCCACGGUCGAGUUCAACGUUCUUACCAAUACACAAACAGAUGUUUACUCGAAAGCUAUCCAGAUCGUCAUUGGCAGUGACGUGCUUCGAUCUCGUGGUGCCGACAUUCUAUUCUCGUCCAACAGCAUGACCCUCUUCGACGACGAUCAGUGCAAGUUGUCCAUUCCUCUGGUUCGCCCUGAGAGUGAAUCAACCUUCAACUCUCUAUUCAUCUCCUCCAUGCAGCCUCCAAAGCUCCAAGAGAUGGUACGAGAAGAGCAGACACAGCUCAACGGUUUAGGCCAGAAUGACAUGAGCACCACAGUCAACGACAUGGUCUACGAGGAUGAACUUUCUUCAAGACCAGCUAACGAAGUCCUCCAACAACCAAUGGAGAUAACGGCCGAUGAUGAAAUACCUAGCCGUAGUAGGCAACACACACCUGCUCCAAGGGUUGUUCGGUUGGAAAAUAAAGACUCUGCAGCCUCAACACAAGCCUCACCCUCUGCGCCGCCUAUCUCAUCGCCGUCGAUAUGGAGCAACUGGCGUCGUGAAACAUCGAGCCAGAACACCGGUACCGGCACAGGAAGUGCCACAACCAAGCCCAAGGACAGCGGUUAUCAACGGCGAGAUGCUGGUAUCAAGGUUCUGAGACCAACGAGAACCAUUAGUCGUACCUUCUCGAGUGGUUCGGUAGCAUCUACCCCUGCUGCUGACGGCAAGUCGCGUUAUUUUGACGAAGGCAAAAAGCGAGGACAAGACACUGUUGCUGGCGAUGAGAAGCCAUUGAGCCGCAGACCAACAGGAGAUGGUGAGGUGGAGAUGACAACGAGCAAGACGAGGAGCAAUCCGGCAGGUGGAGCUUCAGCAUUUUCAUGGCUACACUCAGGCAGCAAGCCCUGA